CAGAUAUCUUUUGGCACGCCCCGAACGGUCACACUGCGCGUCGCACAUUUUUAAUUGUUUCGCUUCGCCUUUCGUUGUUUGUCGUCUUCUGCGAAUUAAUCAAAAUGCCAGCGGUUGUGCGAAUCAAGCGACGCAUCGACGAGGAGCCGCACACGGCAUUUGUGCUGAACGGCAAGCGGCGGCGCCUCCACAACGAUGAGAACGCCCUGGUUGACGCGGGAGCGGUGGCGGGAGCAACGGCAUCAGACAAAGACGAACUGACCACCGUGCUCAAGUUUGCCGGCACGCUGGAGAAGCAGGACGACUGUGCCACUCGUAAAUUUGCCGCUGCCAGGCUGAACAAGGCCGCAGCCCGAGAGCUGGUUCAACAGCAGCGCUCCAAUGAUGCAGCCAUUGCCAGUGCGCUGCGCAGAGAUCGCCAGCGGCAGGAGGCCCAGGAGAACUCACGGGAGCAGCGUUUCCGGGUCGUAAACUGCCUGCGCAGCACGCUCGAAAACAGUGCCGCGGCAGCGGAAUGCCCGGAGAGCCAGAGUCAGGAGUCCAGCAGCCACAUAACCAUCGUGGACAUUGAAUCGCAGCAACAGCAGACGGGCACUGAAAAUGCAGCCGCUGAGAAGCAGCAGCAGCAGGAGAUGACACCCAGCCAGGAUCAGCAGCUGCCGGCCGAUUCGGACGUGGGCUAUGUUUACGAUCUAUAUGUUCCCGAGAACGAGAUGCAGGCGGCAUAUGUGGACAUGAUGGACGACAACUACUUAAGGUUGUAUUAUCCGUUUAAUUACUACAACAACUGCUACUGGUAAACAAGAAAAAACUGAAUGGAGAGAGACAGACAGAGCCGCAGGCACUUAGGAAGUGUGAGGACAGGACACCCAACGCCGCACCCACGACAAUAAAAAAGGACUGCAACUGGCAAAUCACAUCACUUAUAGUUCAUUACAGUCAGCAUCUGACAAAUGCCCAAAACUACCGAUAAAACGUGGUUUUUACGAGAUAAACAUGGCAUGAUCUGAAAACUAAUGAUUCUGGAAGCUAUUUAUUUGAUUUGUUACUGUGAGAUUCCGUUCAAUUCUAACACAAUUAUGUUAUGCCAUAUUCCAUUUAUAAAUAUGUUAGAUGAAAGCUUCUUAGUUUAAAUAAUGUAUCAUAGUUAUGUAAAGUUCCCAUAAUUCCCUCUUGCCAAAGUUUUUAAUAAAAAUAAGAUGUAUCCUGCUAAAAACGCCCAAUUAGUGUACUUUUCGGAAUCGUUUUAGGCAAAUGUCUCUCAUUACCUUAUGUUAAUAGAAUUAAUUAGCUAUUAGAUUAGAAUAAUUUACCCCCACACACGAACACGCACACACCGCAUUAUUUGAAGAACAGCUCACCGAGCAUUUUUCGUUUAGUUUCCGCCAGUUGUCAGUUGCCUUUUUUGUUCUUUUUCCAUUCCGACAAUAAAAAACGGAUAACACUAGUGCCGAAGUCUAAUUAAGUGCAUAGUUUUAGUUUGUUUUGCUUUAUUUCUGUUGGGGCCUAGCGUUGCCCGAAAUCGAAUAUAAACUAAAUAAAGAAACCCUCAAAAUACGUGACAAA